AACCUAGUAUAUGGCUAGACAGCAUAUGGUCAAUGUGUGAAAUUGAUGACGUAGAUGAAAACUGUUGGGAAGCGGCUGUAAACAACUGGCAUCAUUGCGUCAUAUUUGCAUUCAGCCGAGUAUCAGCUGGUUUCAGGUUUAUCUGUUUGCCUCUCUCCUUCUCUCGGUGCUCAUAUACACAGUAUUUUAUUACAGCUCAAUUCCCAAUACAGAUGUUCUCAUUUACAACCUGUUCAUGUUGUCAAACAAUGGAACAAGUUUGAAAUAGUCACCGAAAUGUGGCAAAUUAAGAGUACAUGAUAACCAUUUCCAAGCUGCAGCUCUGAGCUGCUCCUGCUACUGUGAUGAAAGUAGUUUAUUUGCCUUAAUAGGGGCAAAGCUCAGGGAACUGGAAGUGAUACUCCGCUUCCCUGUAGCUCCCGAGCAGCCGGGAAACCAGAGUGGACGGGUGACUGCCUGUGACCAGAGGUGAACCUGUUUGCGCCAAAUGAUUUUGAAAGAGAAACGGUCAAUGGGGAAACACCAACUCAGUCAGGUGGCUGACCAAUGGUGGAAAUAUGAUCAGUCAGUCAGGGACUGGCACCGCUGUUGUGGACAUAUCAAUGCCAGUUACUUUACCUGCCAGUGUUGCUUAUACUAAAAAUGUUAAUAGUAAAGUUAAAAAAGUAGUGAAAGUGAAAGUAACAUUAGCUAAUUCUGGGCAUCACAUUUUUAAUACUGAUAUGAAACUUUGACCACACAAAAAAAACAAAUGUUUCGAUCAAAUAAAAAAAAAUGCCAGCAGCAUUAGCUGGUGAUUUGGACAUGUCAAGUAAAACAUACAUUUACAAUUAUAAUUAUAACUCUUAAAUUACUUAAGCUAAUAAGAUUGACCAUGAAACAUAAUUUUCCUACUAGAAUAAAAUGUUUCAAUGACUUUAGCUACUGAGUUUUCGCCUUCAACAACCUAACGUCAAGGGAAAAGUUCAAGCACCAUUCGCUGCUAUUUGUGCCCAUCACAAAUUCAAUAUUGAUUUGAAAUAAAACAUUUAUGGUACUUUCCAGCAUUUUUUCCACUAAGAAAAAGGCGGUACGGCAAAAAGAAAACAAUAACAUAAUGAUUCUAAAGUGAAUGCGACAUGAUGAAACCCGUCACUAACCUUUGUCCCCUCUCUUAACUUCUGGAGUCCAUGGUGAAUAUGAAGGAACAAAAUGCUCAGCUUAACCGAUAUAACACAGGAGCCCAUGUGCUGGAAGCACAAACUUCGGCAGAGCUGGAAGAACUACAACAACCAGCGGCUUCCGGCUGUGCGCAGACUCGGUAGCAGCCUGAAGAUGGCGUCUGUCAGGAGGCAGCCGUCUGUGUUGACAGUUUUAAUUCAAAUUGUUUUCUGUUGUGUCGUCUACUCUUCUGUCAGAGAGGAAACCCCGGCUGAGACGGUGCGUGUCGGUUAACUUUUUCCAGACUUCCAGCAGCUUCAUCCUGAGGCAGCGGGAAAACAUUUUGAAAACUGGGCGGUGACAGAAUCCUUACUGAUGCACAGCGAGAGGGAAACUGCACUUAGUGCUGGAUGACAUGACACCAGAUUAUGAAGAGAAUUUAGUCUAUUGGAAGCUGCUACACAAUCAACACACUUAAAGUUUGUUUAGGUUGCUAAGGUGAGAGAGCUCUGAAGGUCCUGCCAACUCUACAUCCCCCAUCCAUCUACAAGAGAGGAGGAAAAGCCUUCAGACCCACCACUGAGGAGUCCCACAGGUCAUUUAUUGACAUGCAGCCUGUGGAGACCAACAUGGUUGAGUGUUUACAAAACCUUCUUGCACAUUUUGUGCCCUGGAGAUGAGAUGAGGAUGUGCCAGCCCUUCACGAUGUUUGACAUCAAUUACACCAGGCAGCACCUCCCCACCUGGAACUUUCUCUGGCAUGCGGUAUUUUCACAUGAAUCGGAAUAAACUCUCCAAGAGCCAUUACAGCUCAGAACAUUUUAUUUUCCAUGUCCUCCUCUCUCACAUGACUCGUGGUUUUGGCGUAAUUCUGUUUCGCUUGCAGUCGAGGAGGUUUGAUUUCAAUUAUAAUGUCAUUACCAUUAUUCACUGGUCACAAUGUUUACAUAAGCCAUGCUGCUGUCGCCACUGGGUAAGCACAUUUUAUCGCUUGUUCAACUUUUUGACAUGUAUAUACCGGCUAUCACAAACGGUUUUGUUUGUCAAAGGAGAAAAAAAAAAAAUUCCUGACACUCCUACUGGUGCCCAAGUCCUCCAAUAAGUUGUUUAAUAAUCCUGUGACUAAACACAUAUAAUAUAGUAUUUCUACCUGCUUUAGUACCUCUGGAAAACAGAUGAACAUUUGCUCAAGGUCUAUCCAGAUCUGGCCUUGGUCCAUGUAUUUAAUGUAACACUCUUUUUUAUUGCUCCGCAUCCAGAGCGUUUUUAUAAGCGUGGCAACUGUCAGUCUCUGUGGUCACGAUUACCCAUAUGUCUAUUAUAGCAAAGUUAAAGCUGCAUUAUUCCUCGCUUAAGCCAUUACGCAAAAGUUCUGUGUCUGUAAAGUCGUCUAAAAUGCGUUUAACGCCCCUCAUGCUUCAUAAAUCACGCUGUCCCUCUCCACUGUAGUGGGGGAAUAGCUUCGGUUAACUGUUUCCUUCCUCUUUGAAACAAUGAACAAAUAUAAACACCAUUAAGCCAUAGUGCAGGGGAUGAUUUGUAUAGAAUUGGUUUACUUGAACUUUAUUGCAUCGCUGAGUGCCCCAUUAAGAUACCAUGGAAAGUGCCGUAAUUGCUUUUGAAGAACUCAGUGCAAAUAGUCUAUAGAUACACACUAUCAAGGUAAAAGCCCCGUCGUCCUGUACAGUUACCUGGAGAAUUGGAAAAUUACACCCGUAUUAUAGCAGAGGCUCAAAAUCUUGCAUAAAGGCGCAGGUGAGCUCGCGGGCCUUUGGGGACACGCUCCGUGCGCGCGCCGGUUAAUUGAGUUUUGUUGCUCUCUCCAACCUAAUUGGGUUUUACCGCGAGAGCUGCUGUUUAAUGGGGCGAACACACACCAGCUAAAGGCUAAUGGCCAGCAAACAUGGCGAGAGUGCAGCGGCUCAAGCGAGCCGCGUGUUUGCCAUCGUCAAGGGCCCACGGUGCAGGGAGUGUGGGACCACACAGGCUAAAUGGUGUUAAAUGAUGCAUUUACAGACGUGUAAUGGGUACAUUUUAAAAGUCAGAAAGGUGUAGACAAACCGGGGGGUGUGGGGGUGGAGAUGAGCUGUGGUGUUUGAGCUUUUCACCCGAGUUUCCAAGACAACUGUCUCUCCAUCCAGGUCUCUUAUCUCGCAGGUCAACCAAUGUUUGCGCCCAUCCGUAUCGAUUUAUCAGCCGCAGUGUGCAGACAAGAGAUCUAUCCAUAUAAAUUGUCGAUGGCUACAUUGUUUGAGGACAAUCGUACAUAUCCUGCACUACAAAUGCGUUUCUGUCGUGCGAUCUAGACUAAGAAGGACCUCUAUUCAAUUUUUUUUUUUUUGUGUGUGUGGAGGCAGGGUCCCACAGAUUCUGUUGCUCCUGUGCGCAAACACAGGUGAAUGCCAGGUACCUAAACGUUGCGGUAUUUACAGAGGGACAUUGAUUUACGCGCUGGCAGCCGUUCUGUUCAAUUUACUGAAAACAAUCUCACAAGCCGCAGAAUAUCCUGGAAACUGAGGGGCUAUAGGUCUGCUGUUCUUAGCAAACAGUGAAACCAAUGGCUUGUGCGCUGCGGAGUCACAUGGUGACAGAGUGACACACCUGUGUGGAGCAGUGAGGGCCUCGCAGUUGCGCCAGAGGCAGGUAGAGCAGAAGGUCCACGCCGAGGCAGGGCGCAGGUUCGGUACAUGUGUGUGCCUCGGGUCCUCGGCAGCCAUGAAUCGGGAAGAUCAUUACUACCCCUCGCAGGUUUUUAAAGACUCCUGUGCCUAUCAGAGAUCACAGGGUGAGGACUACAGCCACAGCCCGCCGCCCUGCCUGUACAUGAACAGGCAGGUUCACUCCGUCUACACACCGCCGUCCAUGGGAGCCCUGGAGCAGGCCAGCCUUCCUGACAUUGCCCCCUCUUACAGUCUACCCAGCUUGCGAGAGGAUCCAGGUGUCCCUCAGCUGCACCACUCGCAGGGGCUCCAGCAGCAGGCUCUCCAGCCAGCCGCAGGUUAUGGAGACACGGGGGAGCAGAGCAGAUAUCACCUCCCUUUCCCCUGGAUGAAAACCACAAAAUCCCACUCACACACCUGGAAAGGACAGUGGGCAGGGCCGUACGUGAUGGCGGAGACUGAGGAGAACAAGCGCACGAGGACUGCCUACACGCGCGCCCAGCUGCUGGAGCUCGAGAAGGAGUUCCUGUUCAACCGCUACAUAUCCAGGCCGCGCCGCGUGGAGCUGGCGCUGACGCUGAGCCUCACCGAGCGCCACAUCAAGAUCUGGUUCCAGAACCGGCGCAUGAAGUGGAAAAAGGAGGAGGACCGGCGGAGGGCGAGGGGGGGCGACCCGGACCAGGACUCCUCCAUCACCUCCGCAGACCAGGGGGAGGCAGCGGGAGGGGUCUCCUCCACAAACGGACCUCACACCACUACACCGCCUGUUUCCCCGCUGCACGGUCACUCUCUCUCCGCGCCUGGGUCCAGAGAGCCUGCAUAGGCCCACAGAAGGUACUUAUCCUUUAGAUUACGAUCUAGAUAUUGCAGGAAACUUGUUUUUCCCAGAAACUAUGGAAACCAAUAGAAAUAUGCUACAAGGCCUAUAUUUCAAAGAAGCACCAUUUCAGAGGAUUUAUAUUUUUUAGAAAGCCCGUUCGGCUCAUUAUAGGCUGCUAACAGUGGACAGAGUGAAACAGCCUCUCCUAAAGUUAGGCUGAGAGAUAGCAUUAUUUAAGGACCACCGUGAUCUUUGGAUAUCAGUGUGUCAUUUUUGGACUUAAGGGACUUUUGGGCACCAGAUGGCAUGCAGAGACCAAAUCACGGAGGAGAGACCCCCCACCACCCCACCCACUUUAGAGGCAGCAACAUGGAUUCAGUUGCACAAACUGCUGCAUGGCCCUUCUCACCUCAGAAUUGUGAGAAGGCCUGUCAGGAAUAUGUAUUGGAA